AUGCUUAUUGCAGUCACCAUAACUGAUGAGGGAUACACAAACUCCUGUGUCCAAAGCAUCUUGAAGGACACUAACUUCUGCAGAGAAACUCUUAGGGUGGAGAACACUUCUCCAGUCUUCAGGGUGUGGUCAAAACAGGACGUGCUAGCGCCAGCUCAGCUCGUGGUGAGGCCUGAGCACUGCUGGGGGACGGGACCGAGCGAGCGGUCAGGCCACGUGGGCUCCAGCACAGCCCAGCGGCUUCGGGGCGACCCGGAGCUCAGCCCGCUGUCCCCCGGGCGGUCAGGGGGCGGCGGGGGGCUCCGACUACAGAGCCAAAGCCGGGCGCCGGGGCGGGCCGCGCGUGACGCACUUCCGUCCUGCGCCUUCCGGCUUAAAGGGGCCCCGGACCUUCCUCGCAACAACAAAACCAGCGCGCUCGCGCCGGGACCCUGGGCUUCUAGUCCCCGCCCUCCUGCCACCUGCCGCCGCCUUGGCCGCGCCCGGCUCUGCGCCGCGCUGCCGUGUCCCGCCCGAGGGGUCAGGCGGAGAGCGGACCGCGCCCUUUGGCCAACUUCUCCCGCGGCCGCCGCGCCGCCUCGCGAGACCCGGGGCCGGGUUGUGGCCGCCGCGGAGCAGCAGGAAGGGAGCGGCCGCCGCGGAGGACGCCCGGUGGGACUGUGCGGACGGCGGCCCUGUUCGGGCGCGGAGGGCGGCGGUGGCGGGCCCCGCGGCCUUCUUUCAGUCCGCAGUCCGGAGCCCGGCGGAGCCCGGACCUGGCGGGGAAAGCUGCACCCACGGCCGGGUCCCCGGACCCCGCCGCCGCCACUGUCCAUCAUCCUUGGUACCGGCAAUGGCCUUUGUAUCGCCCGAUGCACUUGUGACUGA